GAUCGAACAACAAUAAUAACCGAAACACUUUUGGUUUCGUUAUUAACGUGUAUUACGAAGCAUAUAUUAAAAACUCGUGAUUCCUUUCACAAUCUUAACAAAAUAAACUUUCUCUACAGGUACUAUUCGUACGUACAUACAUAGUCAUUUCGCAAACGAUUAUUCCUCAGUUGGUUUUCGUCUCUCGUGGUGAUUAGACACAGGUUGAGUUGCAAUAAUCCAAGCGGUAAAAAUUAGACAAAUAAGUUUUUAAAAAAAAAAUAAGUAAAUGAAAAAUUUAAAAAAUAAUAAUAAUAAAAUAAACAAAAAUCAAACAUUGAUAUAAAGGUAUUAAUUGCAUAUUAAAGAAAAGUUUAAAGUUAUAUGUUUAAAGUAUUUUAUUGAAAUACCGACGUUGUAUUUGAGUUGAGCAGGCCGUAAUGGCCUUGAUUGUACAACACUUUUACGAUGAUAUAAGAUUCCGUGUCCAUUCAUAGUUCGUAAUACCUCGAUCAUAUAUGUAAACAAAAAGAUUUUAUCAUAUUAUACAUACACAUAGAAGAAAAGUACUAUAAAUCGUUUCAUCAGUUCAAUAAUUAUGAAUAUUGCAUUAUUAAGAUUUUUAUGCUUUUGUCUUAUUCAAUUGACAUUUUCUCUUCCCGAUGAUGCUCUCGAAAAAACUAAAUUUGCUUUGUUGUUAGAAAAUCAAGUUGACACACAACAUUGUAAUACACCGUUUAAAUCAUUAACCUGUUCCGUUAGUGAAUUUAGAAAUCCAGAUGGAACAUGUAAUAAUGUACAAAAUCCUCGUUGGGGCUCCGCAGGUGAUGCAUUUUUGCGUAUCCUACCACCAGAAUAUUCAGAUGAAAAAUCUAAGCCGCGAAAAUCAAAAGAAGAAAUAAACCCUUUACCUAUUCCAAAGGAUCUGGUACAUUUUUUGGAAAAAAUAGAUCUACCAUUAAAGAAAAAUGACGAUCUGUCAUUGUUGUUUGCUCUUUGGGGACAACUAAUAGGCGAUGACUUAUCUAAAAUUUACGCUCUAGAUAACGACAAAAACUGUUGUAAUGAGACAAUUGACGAAAGCAUCUGUUACACAUAUCAAAAUGGAAAAUGCAAAAAUUACAAAAGAACAGCUCCUGCACGACUUAAUGAAGUUUGCAGCUUUGAUGUGCGUGAGCAAAUGAAUGGAGGUUCUAGUUUUUUGGAUGGGUCUGAGUUAUAUGGCGACUCCUUUACCUAUGAAAACUCUAUGAGGACAUUUACCAAUGGCAAAGUAGCAUUAGAAAAAUGUGAAAAGUGUAAACAAACACCUCUAGGUGAGCUGUACAAGGCGCUUAUACUUGAACAUAAUCGAGUAGCAAAUUCGUUGUCAAAUAUAUAUCCGUCUCUAAGUGAUAAUGAAAUAUUUCAUCAAACAAAAAAAAUAGUAAUUGCUGAAAUUCAACAAAUUACUAUCAAUGAAUUUGUUCCGAUACUCUUAGGACAAGAAAUUUCAAACUUGUUAAAUUUUACCACGGUGAAAGGGAAAUAUUUCAAUGAAUAUUCCAGGACAAAUAGACCAGGCACAUUCAAUGAAGCUGCUGUAUCUGCUUUUCCGAUUUUUAAAAAUAUGAUUCCAGAACAUAUUCAUGUUAAAACUAUGCCAAGACAAUCAAUUAGCUUCUAUACGAAUAUAACUAAAGAUACAUGGGAUCCCUUAGAAUUGAUGAUACAUAGAUCAAGAGAACAUGGAAUUGCGCCAUACAAUAAAUAUAAACAGGCAUGUCAGCAGUUCCUUAAAAAAUUUUCUGAAUCAGAUAUCAACUUUCAACUAUUAAACACACAAUAUGGGGAUUAUGAUGAUGUUGACCUCAUAGUUGGGUCCAUUUUAGAAAAAUCUCAGUUGGGUACGGUUUUUGGACCUACGUUAACUUGUAUUUUUGCACAACAAUUUAUUAAAAUGCGAAACAGUGACAGAUUUUGGUUUGAAAACGAUAUUCCGCCAUCAUCCAUUGAUUUAAAUUUUCUGAAAUCCAUUCAAGAUAUUACAUUGUCAAGUCUUCUUUGUUCUUCAGGAUUAGUUGAUGAAAUACAGCCACGGUCUUUCUAUACUCCCGAUGAGUUUUUGAAUGCUCCUAUUUCUUGUACUUCUCUAGUUCAUUUGAAUUUGGAACAAAUUCCACAAAUCAAUGCGCAUGAAAAACCUCGAAAUGCAAAAGUAAAAAUUGACAAUUUUUCAAACAACUUAGAACAAAGCAUUACAGAAAAUGAGCUCGAUGCUGCCUUUAAAGCUGCGAAAAACAAACUAAUUGAAAGAAAGAAAAAAGAAUACGAAUUGUGGUUAAUCAAUGGCGGCAUAGAUGCAAGAUCCCCUGAAGGUACUGCGGCAUCAUUUAGUAAGGCAAAUCGUAACGCUUUAUCUAUAGCCAAUUCAUCAUUAUUUUAUGAGAUUGCUUCCAACGAAAUAUUAAAUCAAGUCCGAAGAAAUCGAAGAAAACGACAAACAUUUGAUGAAUUUUCCUCAAAUCUACAAUUUAUAGAUGUGAAUUCGGCUAUAAGUGGCUCAAUUUCACCUAUAACAAUGGAACCGCAAUGUGAAGAUUUUUCGGCACCAUGCGACACAAAAACACCAUUCAGGACAUUAACAGGACAUUGUAACAACUUAAAAAAUCCUAGUUUGGGACGAUCAUUGACAACUUUUGCACGUUUACUUCCUGCGGUUUAUGAGGAUGGCAUAUCUUUACCACGUUCAACGUCAGUAACUGGGCAACUUUUACCAAAUCCCAGGACUAUAUCAAGUUUGAUUCAUCCCGAUAUCUCAAAUCUACAUACUCGUUAUUCUUUAAUAACUAUGCAAUUUGCACAGUUUUUAGAUCAUGAUUUAACUAUGACACCAAUCCAUAAAGGGUUUCAUGAAUCUAUUCCUAGUUGCAGAUCAUGCAACAGUGCAGAAACUGUUCAUCCUGAAUGUCAUCCAAUUCCUAUACCACCAAAUGAUUUCUUUUUUCCCGAAUUGAACAUCACAGAUGGCAGUCAAUUCUGUUUUCCAUUUAUGAGAUCUCUUCCGGGUCAACAAACAUUAGGACCAAGAGAACAAAUAAAUCAAAACACAGCAUUUGUUGAUGCAUCUCAAGUUUACGGGGAAAACGCUUGUAUAUGCAGAAAAUUAAGAGGAUUUUCAGGAAGGCUUAAUUCCACAUCUCAUCCAGUAAGGGGAAAAGAGUUAUUGCCUCAAAGCCCCACUCAUCCAGAAUGCAAGGCUGCAAGUGGAUACUGUUUCAUUGCAGGUGAUGGAAGAGCAUCUGAGCAACCAGGUUUGACUGUUAUUCACACAUUGUUUAUGCGAGAGCAUAAUCGUAUUGUGGAAGGAUUAAGGGGUGUCAACCCUCAUUGGAAUGGGGAGCAGUUAUUUGAUCAUGCGAGGAGAAUUAACGUUGCAAUCAAUCAACACAUAGUAUAUAAUGAGUUUUUGCCAAGAGUUUUAUCAUGGAAUGCAGUUAAUUUGUAUGGCUUAAAAUUAUUACCCACUGGAUACUACAAAGACUUCAAUCCUUCUUGCAACCCAGCUAUUGUAACAGAAUUUGCUUCAGCAGCUUUUAGAAUUGGUCACUCUUUACUUCGUCCUCAUAUACCACGACUAAGUCCUCAACAUCAACCCAUUGAUCCUCCUAUAUUAUUAAGGGAUGGGUUUUUCAAAGUUGAUAUGCUAUUACAACCAGGAAUGGUGGAUGAGAUAUCCAGAGGCUUAGUGGCAACGCCAAUGGAAACUUUAGAUCAAUUCAUAACUGGAGAAGUUACUAACCAUUUAUUUGAAGAUCGACGAAUACCGUUUUCGGGAGUAGAUCUUAUUGCAUUAAACAUUCAGAGAGCGAGAGAUCAUGGAAUACCAUCAUAUAAUAACUAUAGAGCAUUAUGCAAUUUGAAAAGAGCACAGUCCUGGGAUGACCUCAAUAGAGAGAUUCCUCCAGAAGUUAUAACAAGAUUGAAAAGAAUAUAUGCAAGUGUAGAUGAUAUUGAUUUGUUCCCAGGUGGUAUGUCCGAAAGACCUUUACAAGGUGGGCUUGUUGGGCCAACAUUUGCCUGCAUAAUUGCUAUACAAUUCAGACAACUUAGAAAGUGUGAUAGAUUUUGGUAUGAGACUGAUGAUCCAAAUAUAAGAUUCACUGAAGCUCAGUUGGCUGAAAUCCGAAAAAUUACACUAUCAAAAGUGAUUUGCGAAAACUUAGACGAACCUGGUGAUAUUCAAAGGGCAGCUUUUGACUUACCAAGUAAUUUUUUGAAUCCACGCGUGCCUUGUCAAUCAUUGCCGCAAAUUGAUUUAAAUGCGUGGCGCGAAAAUUUACAAGGGUGUCAAGUUAAUGGUAGAAAUAUCAAGGUUGGCGAAUCAGCUUUUCCUACUCCGUGUACAAGCUGUAUUUGCACAAAAGAGGGUCUUCAAUGCGCAAGUUUGCGCAUAACAGAUUGUGCUGCUUUAGCUCGAGAAUGGUCAAGAGAAUCCAUUUUAAAGGAUGAAAUAUGCUAUAGUCAAUGCAGUCAAACUUUUUCACAGGUACCACAAGAAAUGACUUCAUCCCGAAAAUUAGCGGUAAAUCUACGGUCACAAGUCCAAAGAUCUGUUCAAAGAAGCAUAUUUUAAAGUUACUACAACUAAUGUGUCCACUAGUAAAUACUGAACAAAAAAGACGGAGGGUUUAAUCGUUUCUAUCAUUUUCAUGCCA